AUGGCACUGAACAUGAAAUUCAUUUUCCUGUUUGCCGCCUUGAUUGCAGCGAACCUCAUUUUUGCUCAAGAAUCAUCUGAUACCGAUACCAAACAAAACCCACCGGCCGACAAUGAAAAUGGACGAGAACAUGACCACGACCGAUCCAGAACUUUCUUUACUCGGUUCGUUAGCUGUAACUCCACGGCUCAGGCAGGUCGUACAUGCGCCAACUGCCGUCAAACCCUCCUCUGCCUGUCCAACAACAUCGGAAUUCUGAAAACAUGCCACGGCUUACUUCGUUACUGCAACCAAGGGCGCUGCUCAUUCAUCGGAGGCUCCGCUUGCAACGGCACCUCGUCUGGU